CUUUGCGUUUUUUAUUCAUAUUUGGCUUUACUGCGUUUGCAGAUUUAUCGCUCCUCUUUAAUGUAAAUCGUGAUCCACUAGCAGCAUUGAAAUCGUCUCACGAUUGAUUUCUUCCCAUAAUGCCACGCGUUAGUGCUCGCUGGCGCUGUCUGUGGUGCUGAAGCUGCUUUCGCCGGCGGCAAGAGACCUUGCUCCAGCAUCACCUCUGUGCAAAGGCGUGCUGGUCACCGAGAGACAACCGCGAUCACCUAUUUGUUUAUGUUUUUUUUUUUUUUGUCUCUGUUAACGCGUUUUAAUAAUCGGGAAUCUUUAGUGUUGAAUUAAGAUCCUCUAGUAUCCGUUCGCGCUUCUGUUUUUCGGCUCCCGUUUGGCUCGCAUCCUUUAUGCACAGCACGCUGCUCCAGCCCUUAAAGAGAACACAGGCAUCCGUGUUGGAACAGCAUGGCUUCCUGAGUGAGAUGGAAGCGAAGCAGCACUCGAUCAAGAGCUUAAAAAGCUAUCCGGAGGCUGGGGGCCGGAGUCUGGCGGCGGCAGCGGGUGGGGACGUCGGCGGCGGAGGUGGAGGGUAUCGCGUCGGCGGCGCGGAGAUGGAGAUGGAGGCGAAAAUACAGAAAGCGAUCGACUUCAAACUGGAGGGUCACCGGUGCUACAAGGAGAAAAAAAUCCGGGAAGCAAUUGGGAAAUAUCACAGGGCGCUACUGCAGUUGAAAGGGAUCCAUGUCGUCGAUGGGACCACCGGUUCCGAGGUGAACCUCCUGAACCAAGCCGCGGCCAAGCUGACAGAAGAGCAGCAGCGAGCGGUGGAGAGCACCGAGAUCGAAUGCUACGACAGCCUGACAGCAUGCUUGCUGCAGUCGGAGCUGGUGAAUUAUGAGCGGGUUAAGGAAUACUGUUUGAAGGUACUCGGACACCAGCAGGAUCACUUUAAGGCCAUGUACCGUGCUGGGAUUGCCUUCUACCACCUGGGAGACUACGAGUGUGCCCUGCGUUACCUACGCGAUGCCAAGUGCCGUGAACCCACAGACACAAACGUGCUGCGAUACAUCCAGCUGACGGAGAUGAAGAUGAGUAAGACCGGUCACCAGGUGCGUGAGAGUGGGAAAGAGUCAUUGGGUUAAUUCGGCCCGACCCCCCCUCCAUGCCACACCCUAAGCCUGAUAGAAAACCUCUCUACUCUAGUCUUUCCCCUUUUUCUCACCAUUGAUCCCUUGGACAACCAGGAUACAUGCGCUGUGCCCCUCUCUGAAAGCGGACUCAAACUGGCACAGCUACAGCACAGCUCCCCGCAACUGUCUUUUCUCGCUCUGAGAUCUCUCUGUCCCUUUAAAUCCAACGUCCCCGGUGCUUUUCAUUUCCCAGGUAUUGAGAAUUCGACUGAUGAACAGAGAAGACGAAGACGAAAAAAGAAGAAAUGCUGUCUUGUAAUGAAAUAAGCAAUGGGGGUCUGACAUUACAAUUUAAAAUCACAUGAUGGAUAUUAAAGCAUGGGUGCCAGAAUUGAAUAUGUAGGUAGAGAACAGAGUGAAAGCACACAUAUCAAAGCCACACAGCUACUUAAGCGCAGGUGAUGAAGGUCAAUGAUUAGGCUAGUGACCUUUGAACUCACUCAGAUUCAUUGAGAAGCACUCUCUCUGCUUAAUACAGAAGAGAAGCAGAGAGGUCACCAUUCAGUUCACGCUUACCUGCCAAUGUCUCUUACUUUCUGCCUCCUUUUUCUCUCUCUUGAAUUUGGGCAUAUCUCAACAUAAUUUCUGAACUGUUUCAAUUCAAGGGCUAAUUCAGUUGUUUGUAAUUUGUCCUUAGAUAUCGAUUUUGUUUUGCCUCUCGGUUUGCUGUACUAUAGUGGUUUGAACAAGUUGUUACCUUUCCCUUUACAACAUCCUCCGUACUGAUGUUAGCAGAUGUUUUGUGAACCUUGUUGUCCAUUUCCUUGUAUAGGACUGUCGCAUAGCCACCCGCCACCCACCCCCACCCAAAAGAGAAGAGCGCAUCCUGAUGAUGUCACGAUGGUUAUGCAGCCUGUUGGAAUAUUAUUAACUAAUGGAGCCAUAUUAAAAACUCUUAUGUUUCUACAAGAAACGGGAUGAACAACAUCUGAAGAGCUUGAUAGAGGUCUGCUAAACUUUAUAUAUCUACCAAAAAAGAUCAGUGUUACAAAACACUGGUAACUCUGAGAAUUGUAGUUUUGACAACCAUUAAUUAAGUGUCAUGCGUUUGUCCUCUUCUUAGUGUUAUGCUUUUUUUGUGCUUUGCUAUGGAAACUGAUGAUGUUUUGUUCAUUGAGGCAACAUCUCCAGCGGAUUCAUUUGAAUGUGGAGAAGUCUUUGACACCACAUGUCAUUCUGAGUCUAGUUUGGAUUAAUGGCUAUGAGGAGAUGAGGACAGACAGAUGAAAUUAUCCAUCUGCCCUAAUAUAAGACAGAUUUAAUUGUGUCAGUGGGACGCUGGGGAUGAUGUGCCAUGGUUUCAAAAAAGAAUACGCACUGAUGAGAUUCAGAACGCAUGGCGGGCCAUACAACCCCAUCUCUUUGUUUCCAGUGACACUUGAGGAAACUGAGGAAUAUGACGAUAAAAUAAGGUGCAUUCAGUUAUUUGUUCUUAAUUAAAUUGUUUUAUAUAUAAUAUACUUACAGGGAGUGGAACAUUGUGACUCCCAUGCAGUCAAGACUCUAGUCAUAUCUUCUGAUUUAUUCCACAUGGAGCGGGAUGCCCUCUCAUGGGGCUUCUAUGUCUUAAGACAACAACUUGUCUUACAAUAAUAAUUAUUAGUUCAUUAUUAUAUAGAACUUUGAAGUGCUCAAUGCAGAAAUGAAUGAAAAUGGAGUGAACAGAAAUGAAUAUAAAAACUUCAUUCAUCCACACCAGUAGGUGUCAGCAUAUACUUCUCUUGGGGUGAAAAAAUAUCUUGUGAAACGCAAAAACUUUUUGAGUGCGCUUUUUAAAGCAACACUGUAAAUGUUGUGGCUCUAACAGUUAAUAAACAGAACUGCACUCAUCCCGCGGAAGAACAUUCUAACCCGAGCUACUUCUCCAAGUUUAUGUCUAUGGCGAUUCACGCGGGUCUGUGUUACUCGGCAGGGGUGACAACCCGAACAGGAUACAAUAGUCCAAAAAUAAUCACUUAUUAUAAAUCUACAGUAGUGAUUUAGGAUAAGAAACAAAUCCGGUUCGGUAGAUUCAUUUAUGAUUUACUCGCUCAUUAUAUACAUUUAGUUAAUUUUGAACAAAGUUACAUAGUGUUGCUUUAAUGCUCAAAACAACUCUAGAUGAUGUUGUAAUGAAUAGAUUGGCCAGAGAAAUCAAGUCUCUUUACUGUACUAUUCUAAUCCAGUCUCGUGAGAAAACAUAACUAUUUUAUGAGGUGCCGUUUUUGCUUGAAUUUGCAAAGUUUGUUUACAAAAAUGUAAGCAUAAAGGUCCAUCCCUAAACCCACCCAAAACCUAACCUUCAAUGGGACGUAAGAUGAUAGUAUGAAAAUGUACAAACAAGGUUACAUGAAUUAGACACCAAGAAGUAAAAUAGUUUGGAGUUGCCAUGAGAGUGUGUUGGCUGUUUGACGCUUCCCUCUUUUCCAGCUCUAUCUCUUGUCUCUGUUUUGUGACAGUUCUCUCUCCACCUUACCUUCGAUAUGUUCUUUUGAUUUCUGUAAAUGGUAAAGGUCAUAUUGUCUGUAACAGAGCCAUGCUGACAACACUGAUGUCCUGUAAAGGAUCUCGGUCAUCACUGCUUCGUUCAGCUGUGGUCCAUAUGUCCCCAUGUGCUGGAUCUCUUUCUACACAGAUGGAGAAACAUCAAAUCUGACUGUUGUCUACAGACAACAUCAAAAGCACAAACUGGUUCAUGGACAAGCAGAUAAACUUACUGUACUUUUUCUUGGAUGUCACUUGAGGUAUGUGUUUGUUGAAUGUGAAAGUAGACUUGUGCGGUUUUAAAGACAUUAAAAUGGUUGUCGAAAGCUUUACUUUAUUAAAUUGUUUUUUGUCGAUAUGUGAGAGAGCAAAAGAGAAGGAUAACUAAAGGAUAUUUAUGGAAAAAUAUAUUUAACAUUUGUGAGAGGCAGCUUUAUACCUGUGUAUACUGUAUGAUCAGUUUUCCUCUUGUAUCUUGGCUUGUUUGUGAUGUCUUAGCCUUGUUUUUGUCUGAUUGGCAGUCUGAGGAUUCAGGGUUUGCCCUUUGACCUCCAGAAAGAAAGGUCAUCCGGGGUGGGUCAGGAGAGAAUGGCAAGGGAUUUUGCAUAUGAGGAAGAAGGGGUGAGGGUACCCUACUGUCCUGAAAGAGAGAGACAAAUCCACUGUUUUUUUUCUGGUUUUCUUGCCUGUUCUGGAGAGAGAGAGACUUUGACCCUCUGGUUGUUCUGGUUAUAAUGUUAAUGCAUUACUGCGGUCAUUCAUUGCUUCUUUGGGAAGUACUGUACAUACUUCCGCCAGAUAUUACAAGACCUGCCGACUGGUUAUGUUUACCUGCAAGUUCAGGAAUGCACUAUUGAUUGCUAAUUGAAGUCUACAAAUAAAGUUUAAAAAGAGAAACUA